CCCCGGCGCGAAGGUCCGGAGCUGGGGCAGCCGAGGGAGGGAAAGCCGCUAGGCCCACGGAAAGUUAAGUGAACCGAGGUUUUUAAAGUUCCGGUGGAAUUAUUUGUGCCUAUAUGCGCUGUUAAGAUUUUGUUUAAAAGUUCUUCUUAGUGACCCGUGGGAUUUUUUUUUUCAUUGAUUUUAUUGCUACACUUUUGACAUACAAAAUGAUCACUUUCAUCAUAGGGAAUUUGUACCUGUAAAUAAUAUAUCUUAAUUGUUUUUUUCCCCCAUACCGAUGAAUUUUAUGCCUUCAGUUUGACAAUUAAGUCAUGAACCCUUGCAAAAUGGAAUCCAAGUUCAGGGAUUGCGCAAGACAUGCGGAGGAGUCACUCCAAGACUGUACACUGGAUCCCUGGAUACCUCGAUGUUUAACUGUAUAGUGCCUGUUCGUGGGCUGUACGGAUAUUCAAAAUAAUUUAUAGGGGACUGGAUCCCUGCUUGUGAUACGCAAUGCAAGCUGUAGUGCCCUUGAGCAAGAUGACAGCCGUCUUCCCAGGCCCUCCAGCUCUGGCCUCAAGUAAACAAAACAAGGUCCCAAGAGUGAAUACUCCUGGGAACCAAGGAACUAGCUUAAGAAAGGACCCUGCUGCCCUAGAGUCCUUCAGACAAAAGUUCAGGUGCUUUUGCUACUCGAAAGAGGCUGGACCCAGGAAAGCCCUGACCCAACUCUGGGAGCUCUGCAAUCGGUGGCUGAGACCAGACAUUCAUACAAAAGAACAGAUUUUAGAACUAUUAGUGUUUGAGCAAUUCCUGACCAUUCUGCCUGGGGAGAUCGGGAUUUGGGUAAAGUCACAACACCCUAAGAAUAGUGAGGAGGUGGUGACGCUGGUAGAGGAUUUAACACAAGCACUUGAAGAAACAGAAGCUCCAACUGUUCAAGAUUCUGCUGUUCAACAAGAGGAUAACUCUGGAGAAGAUACACUAGUUGCUGUUCCACAUACUGAGACAUGUGAACCAAUAGCAUUCAAAGAUGUGAUCAUGAGCUUUUCCAAGAAAGAGUGGAGGAAGCUGGAGCCUUUUCAAAAGGAGCUGUAUAAGGACGUGCUACUGGAAAACUUAAGGAACUUAGAAUUUCUGGGCUUUCCAGUUUCCAAAUUAGACUUGGUUUCCCAGCUAAAAUGGGUUGAAUUUCCAAGACUGGUGGAAAAAGAACUCUCAAAAGAUCCCAGGGAAGAGUGCGAGCCUAAAGGGGAAUUGGAGGAAUCUGCGCAAAACCGUGAUGUUUUUAUGGAAGAAUUAACUUUAGAGAAAAUAAUAGAAGAAUGCUUCAAGGAUGAUGGUUGUAGUCUGAUAGCAGAAUUCCAGAAACGUUACGGUAAAUCCAUGGAGGAUCAUGGCAAACAGCGACAUUCAAAAGGAUCAGUUAUAGAAAAGGAAAUUCACAGGAGAGGCAAUAAGGGUGAAGUAUUAGACACAGAAAAGAGCUCCUUCGGAAAGAAAUUCAAAUGGACUUCUGACAAUCUUAAACAUCUGAAAACUUUUUUAAGAAAGAAGUCCAAAACGUGCAAAAAACCCUUCAGUUUUCAUUCAGAUCUUCAUACUGCAGAAAAGUCACAGAAACACAGUGAAGCUGGAAAGGGCCUGAAUCGCUCUUCAGUUCGUACUGAACCUCAGAAACACAAGAAAAGUUAUCUGGGAAAUAGAUCCCAGAAGUGCAGUAACUGUGGUAUAACAUUUACACAAGGUUCAUGCCAUUCUAAAAGCAAAAGCUCUAUCUGUCAAAAAUGUCAGAAGAAAUUACGUCAAGAUGAAGGCGUUCCGUCAAAGAAAGAUACGGGUAUUCCCUCAAAGAAAGAUGAGGGAACUAAAACUGGAGCAACUACUCAUAAAUGUAGUAAAUGUGGAAAAACCUUUUGCUAUAUUGCCACCCCCAGCAAACAUAAAACUCCCACUGGAGAGAAACCCGAUAUGUGUUUUGAAUGUAGAAAAGCUCAUGGUACUAUUUUAUCACACAAGCGACGUCACAAAAAGCAGAGUGUAGAAAAGCCCUAUAAGUGUAAGCAUUGUGGGAAAGGUUUUACCCUGAUUACUGAUGUCGUUAAACAUGAAAGAAUUCAUACUGGGGAAAAACCCUUUCAGUGCAAAGACUGUGGGAGACCCUUCAGUGACAGUUCAUCUCUUUCUCAACACCAGCGAACUCAUACUGGCGAAAAACCUUAUAAAUGUGAUAAUUGUGGGAAAUCCUUCACUCAUAGCUCUUCCCUUGCCAAACAUGACAGAAUUCACACUGGAGAGAAACCAUAUACAUGUGAUGACUGUGGAAAAGCCUUUAGACAGGCUUCUUGCCUUAAACGACAUCAGAGAAUUCACACUGGAGAAAAACCAUAUUUGUGUAAUGAUUGUGGUGUGAAUUUCAGCCUUUUUUCAUCUCUCGUUUAUCAUCAAAGACUUCACACAGGAGAAAAACCCUACAAAUGUGACCAGUGUGAGAAAGCCUUUGCUUCCCAUUCCCUUCUUACUCGUCAUCUGAGAAUCCAUACAGGUGUGAACCCUUACAAAUGUAAAGACUGUGGCAAAACCUUCAGGCAGAGUUCAUCUCUUAAUAAACAUUACCGAACUCAUACUGGAGAGAAACCCUAUGAAUGUGACUUCUGUGGAGCAACCUUUAGUCGGAGCACAAUCCUUGUAGAACAUGUAAAAAUUCAUACCAGAACAAGUGACUAUGAAUGCAAUAAAUGUGACAAAAAAUUUAAAAGUACUUCAGGCCUUGCCAGACAUAGGGCAUCUCAUGCUGCAGAGUAGUUCUGCAAAUACAGUAAGGUAUUCUUCCCUCUUCAUUUCAAGGAUGUCACCUGCUGAUAAAUAGUAAUAGAGUUGAUAAAGCCAUGUGGAAAGUAAAGAAAGUGUUAGAUGUAAAAUGAUUCCAAAAGGCCAGACUUAAAUUUGAAAAUUUUUUCUUUAGGAGGUUUUCCUCUCCUGCUCCUCUUCUACUGUCUUGGAUUGAGAUAGAAAGAGAGCUUGACUUCCAUUCCCUGGGCACUGUCCCAGAUUGCCAGCUUUAUACUACAUAACCUUGUACAAAUCAUUUAACCUUUCUGAAUUUUAGGUUCCGUACCAAUAGAGCAAAUGGAAGGGACUAACGAUUUCUAAGGCGUUUUGUUUGUUUUAUCUCUGAUAACUGAUGCUGUAGAAAUGUUACAUGUUUUUAUUUUUUGGAAUUUUCUUGUUUCUCUGAUAGAAAAUUGUUUUCUUAGAGGAUACUGGACUUCUAGUUCAGUGGGAGUGCCAAAUACUUUUUAGAUACUUGAUGCAGGAAUCCCUAGAAUGUGAUAGGAACAGGUCAAGGAAGCUCAGACAAGUUUGCCCUCAGGGAAGUUGUAAUGAGAUAAAAUACCCCAUUCUUUUCUUUUGGUUACUAAAGGAAUUGAGAGUCCAAAAAGCUUGAAUUUAAGUUACCUCAGUCUUAAGAAUCACAGUCCUAGGAAAAAUAGACUUGGGGAGAGAGAAAGAAAGUAAAAAUGGGCUGGGGAUUUAGCUCAGUGGCAUAAGCAUCUGCCUGGCAAGUGCAAGGUCCUGAGUUCGAUCCCCAGUAUGGCAAAGAAAAAAAAAAAAAAAAACCUGAAAACAGCUGUUCUGGGUGGGUGUUCAUUUGCAGCAUAGAAUUAUAUAUUUUAAAUUUUGUGUCUGCAGCAAGUACAGCUUUCUGCAAUUGUAGUGUAAGCAUUCAGUAUAGCAAAAGUCACAUCUCUUAGAUGGGGCCUUUAGUUAUAUUUUGGGUUGUCUGCAGGGUGGGAUUUUUAUAUGUAUGUAUGCAUAUGUAUGUAUGUCUGUAUGCUUAGUUGCCAUUAUUUCAAAUUAGGGAAUUUCAUAUUAAAACAGUUUCUCUUUUAAAUUUUUUUUGUACUGGGAAUCAGACUCGGGACCUUGUGCUUGCCAGGCAGGCGCUUGUGCUGCUGAGCUGUAUCCUCGGCACAAGGUUUCUCUUUUAAAAAACAUAAGGGCAGCCCAUGCUGGACUCCUGGGUCUGUGGAGUGCUCAGCUGGCUCUGAGUAGCAGCUGUCUCCUUUAAGUGGGGAAUCUACUUUCUUACUUGUCAACCUCUCCCCUGUGUAUAACCCAACUUUCCUAUUGUAGGAAUUUGGUAUUUUAAUCCUCCACCAUCUGGGGAAUACGUACACUAAAGUUUAAAGAGACCCCAUUUGGUAGCUAGUGAAGUUCAAGGAAAGAAGGUGGAAUUGAUGAUGUUUUCAGUUAUUUUGUGUGUGCAAAAUUAGACCUCCAAGGUACGGAAUAUAUGGGUAUUGAUGAAUAUUCAUUUAAAAUUUCAUUGGUGAAGUCUGAAUAAUUUCUAACUGGAAAAGGAACUAAAGACCUUCAGUGAAUUAGGUUUGGGUCUCAGGUCAUGGGGCUCCAGAGGAGCCCUACUGAUUCAACAGUGGUAGAGAAAUAAGUUCCAGAAGUUGAAAUUUGAGGCCGUUCCUAUAAAAACAACUAAACUAUACAACUCUGGGCUUGUGGGAGCAAAGAGAUCUUAAUGCUGAUCUGAGACUCAGGAAUAAUUGCUGUAAUUUCAUGUGCUUAGGUUUGAAAUGCUACCUCUGGUUGUACGGUUUUGGUUUCUUCUUUGUGUAUCUCUGAAUCCCAAAGCCGGCAGCUCCAAUACUGCUGUGUAACAAAUUGAUCUGUGUAGUUAUUCCUGAAUGGACCUACAAAUGCACUUUAGCCAGGAAAGGAAUAUAGGUUAUAAGAAUCAUAUACUAGUGUAAGAAUUUUUUUUCUGAAAAAAUACAGUUUAUAGAAAGAAUUUAAGAAAUAGCUAAAACUCUUCUCUUGAGAAGAGACUUGUUCCAGGUUUAGUGGGGUUAGACUUCCCAACUUUCAUAAGUGCAUGUUAUCCCAAUAUCAGUUGGAAAUCUGCAGUAUAAACUUUUUUCAGUUUUAUUGAAUUAUAAAUUAUAUGUGAUAAACAUUUCAGCUGUACAGAUCAGUGAGUUUUAGUAAAUUUACCGAGUUUGUACAAUCUUCACCACAAUCCAUUCUUGAGACUAUUAUCCACAUAUUCCUUAUACCCAUUACAGUUAAUCCCCCUUCACAUCCUUAAUCCCAGACAACCUCUAAUUUGUGUAUCUGUAGAGUUGCCUGUUCUGGACAUUUUAUAUACAUGGAAUUAUAUGUGGUCUUUUGUUUCUUCUUUCACAAACAUGUUUUUAAGUUUAUCCAAAUGACAGUAUAUUUCUCUUUUUGUUAAAGUAUUAUCAGCAUGACUUGUAUACUGCAAUAACCAAAGAAGGAAAAGUUAUCUCUUGCUUUAAAUACCAUCUUCAUCAUAGAAAUUAAUCUUUUUUUAAAAUUAAUCUUUAUCUCUAGCUGAAAUCCUUUGACAGAUGGAGAAUUGUCAAAAAGUAUCUGUCAUGAGUUUGAGCUUAGGCAGUUAAUUGACAUUUUGUAAAUUUAGAUGUCCUUUGACAUGGAAUAUAUCCAAAGUUUUUCUGGGGCACUAAAUCACAUGACAUAUCUGAACCUAAAGAAAGAUAUUUGAAGAUUCUGAAUCAGCUGAUCUUUGAUAUUAUUAGAAAUAUAUAUCCUAUCAGAAGAAUGAUUUGCUCAUGCAUUUUGUGUAAGCAAAAUUGUUUAAUGAUGUAUUUGAAAAUUUGUUUUCUUUAGUGAGUUUUUUAGAUGUUGUUUUGUCACAAGUUUCUAAAUUAUGAUAACAUGAUUAUUUCUUUUUAAUCUAAAAUGUGUGUGUGUGUAAGGUGCUGUUUAUAGCUGGCGAAGUUUACAAACUCCAGAUCCUGUUAAAAUUUGUUUCAAACCAUUUUUGUUAGAAAUUCUCAUAUGACUAAUCUAGUGGAUGUUUUUUGACUGCGUUGUUGAUCUUCUGUAAGUCUUCAAUAUUAUCUCAAGUACUGUCUACUGUAUUACCUUUCACACUGAAAUUAAACAGUGCUUUUGUUGGCAGCUGUAAAUUGCAAUUGUGACUAUCAUUGAAUAUCCACUAUACUCUACUCUUCCCGUUUUUCUUGACUGGUUAAAAUAUAAGCCUCUGUCUCUUUACCAAAUUCUGCCUCAGUACUAUGCCUUUGUUUACAGCUUUAAUAUUUUCCAAAAUAACUAUAAUUAAAAUAGUAGAUAGAAAUUUAGGACUGUAAUUUAUGUAACAUUGUAACCUUGCUGUCUGCAUAAGUAAACCUACUGUGAUAUUUUAUUUGUGCAUAGAAAAAAAGCAUCUGAUCUCAAUCAGUCUUUGAUAUGACUAGAUUGGUAAGGUGUUUAUAUGUGACACUAAAAACACACAUUCCUGUCUAAGUUACAAUACAACUGUCCUGUGCAAUGCAGUGGUUCAAGUGAAUUGUAGUUCUAUUAAAUAAAGUUGUGUUUAAUGAAAAA